AUGCUUUUUUCCCUUGACGGGCUGCUUGUGUAUGGUAACGGGGAAGGUGAUGAAAGUGAAUCCUUACACAGCAACCUUAAUGUUUCGGAGGGACGCCAAUUAGUUUCAUUGUAUCGUUUGAUGCAUCGCCUUCAUUGUACGGAGGAACGUGAUACGGAGGAAGAAGGUACUCAUCCCGUAGUAUUUGCCAAAUUUUUGGGAGCACAAUGGAAUGGGCCGUCGUCGGUGCAUGAUGAUGUUGUGCCAACUGCCGGCGUCAUUGUUAAUAAUAACAUCAAUAGGGCUGCAAAUGGCAUGGAAGACAUGUUUAUACGCGAAGGGGCAGAUGGUGGCUUCAGUAAUGGCGCGUUAACUGUCAGCACGUCUACGCGAACUCUCGGAUGCGUUCAGGUACCGUUGGAUGAUGCAAAUGCCGUUUUGUUCUCGUGCACGGCAUCCGAUACAAUGAGGCGGGAGGUAUGA